AUGGCCACCACCAGCAAGGCACGGUCCUCGGGCGCGGUCCCCACCAGGAGGUCCCGACGCUUCAGCUGGAACUUCGCCCGGCCAUCGCCUUCGUUCGACCUCGACCCGUCGGCCUACAAGGACUCGCCCAUCUUCAUCGCCCCACGCACUCCACCUGCAGAGCCAAAGGUCGACGACUCGCCCAGUGCCUCGUCCUGCUCGCAACCCACGACCUACCAGUCGCCAAGGAGAGUGGCCCUGCGCCGCCGAGCCACGGUGGCCAUUGGGGCCGCAGAGCUGCAGGGUCGACUGAGCGACAUGAGCCUCGAGUCCAUCGCGGAGGAGGAGGAAGGCGAGGCGAGACAAGAGGCCAAGAGGGAAGAGGCCGACGACUUGGACCAGAGCCCCCCGCCGCCCCCACCUGAGAAGAAGAAGGACAAGAAGCUGAGCAGGAUGUUCCCUCUCCUGCGAAGGCAUAACACAAAAGGCUAA